AUGCAAAACGGGUUUGUGCCCGACCCGCAAUAUCACCAACAGUUGGUGUUAUUGGAGGCAAACGGUACGGAGGAAAAGAAACUCACGGGCAAACGGCGAAGAGAAGAAGAAGAAAAUGCGUUUAGUAGUUCGAGAAAAUUGUCAAGAGAGACUAUUUCGCAAUACUUUUACAUGCCGAUAACACGAGCUGCACGGGAGCUAAAUGUCGGUUUGACUCUGUUGAAAAAGAGGUGUAGGGAGCUUGGGAUUAGGAGGUGGCCUCAUCGGAAGCUUAUUAGUCUUCAAACACUUAUCAAGAAUGUUGAGGCAAAUUACUCUUCUCCUUCUCUAAAAAAAACAAAAGAAUAUGGCAAGGAGGGAUUAUCAGAAGAAGGGAAGUUGAGAGAACAUUUACAGAUUUUGGAGCAAGAGAAGAGAUUGUUGGAAGAGAUACCCGACAUGGAAAUGGAGGACACGACCAAGAGACUAAGGCAAGCUUUUUUCAAGGCGAACUACAAAAAACGCAAACUUAUGGGUACCGUUGGAUCUUGUUCGACUAAACCUCAACCGUCUAAAAGCCACAAUCCAGCAUUGAUGAUGGCCGUUGAUAAAGUUGUAGUUGAUGAUGGUGAUGGGGACAAAGACGACGACGAGGAGCUUUUUAGAUAUUUUCUGGAAGAUUGCUUUUCUUUGUAA